AUGUUCUCAUAUAAGCCAGUACUUCUUUUGUUAUUCAGUCUCUUUAGUCUCUGUAUUGCCAAUUUACCAGACUACCGUGAUGCUUCUCUUUUGAAUUCGACAAGGACUCUCUUUGGACGAGUGGAGAUCAGUAACCCAACGGUUCCUGUAGCGCCUUUGACCACAAAUAUAUUCUCUAUAGGCUCAGCAUCUACUGCAGGAGGCUGCUAUUCCCAAACAGAAACUAUCGAUGAUUGGUUACAAGAGGUUGUGAAGUUGCAUAAUGCAGUAACUAAAGCGUAUGCCAACUCUUACGACGAUGCGGGAUCCCGACUUCUUUUUACUGCGUGGAUGAGUAUCCAGUGGGUGUAUGAGUAUGGAGAAUAUGACAGAGAAUUCAGUAGUGAAUCACUUUGGGAAAAAACGGGAGAACGUUUGGCCGCUGUCUCUCAGUUACUGAAUGGAGGUGGCUUGGUAGAUUCAUUAACUUCGGCUGCUCCUUGGAUAUUUUGCGGUGAUGCCUUUGCAAGCAAAGUUCCUUGGGAUCAGCCUGCUAAGGAUAGAAAUGGGGUAGAGAUUGCAAAGGAAGAGGAUGAAACAGGAACCAUCACCGACUACUGGACACUCGGCUCUUUGCUUCCCACUUUGGCCGCCCAAUCCAUAAAUGUAGCCUACUAUAUCGACGCUCUCAAGUCAUAUAUGGUUGAGAGUAAACCAGCAUUAUGUGAUCCUAAUGUUGGCCCCUACGCUGUCACUAGUCGAAGAUCAUAUACAAGUACUGUUCAAUCAGUCAGCAUCGGAACACAUGAUAGGUUCGCGUACUUCUGUCCUCGUACUUUUGAUCCCACUGGUCAAGCAAAACCUAGUGAUCUACAUUCGGUGUCCUCGCUUUCCACUUCAAUUACGUUAAUCGGACAAGAUUUGGACAGGCUUCUUCCUCUGAGUGCCACGUUAUAUCACGAGCUCUUCCAUAUCACUGAUUCAGAUGAAAGCACGCGCGACCCGUUCUAUAAUCUGGGAGCAGCCAGCUCCGCGUCCCUCGCUGGAAACUCUGACGUUAUUAACAAUCCGGAAUCAUAUGUCUACUUAGCCAUGGCCGCCUAUGUAUACCAAAACCCGCCAGCAGGGGCUGAUGCCACCCUGUACUUGGAAGCGGGUUUACCACAAAAGGCGACGGAUGCUAUUAAAAAUGCUGGCCAGGUAUAA